AUGUCCAACCCAACCAACAAAUACGGCCUCACCGCCGUCCCAGCCUCUGCCCAAGACCUCCUCACCACUUGCAAACGAUACCGAUUCCUGUUUGCAAACUGGGACUUGGACAACCAAACUUGCCUCCUCGCUUGUUUGUUGCAUGAUAUUGGGACCAUGGAGGCCAAUAUCACCGCCACCAGGCUAAAUUUUGAGUUCUUUGGCGGCGUGUUGGCAUUGCGCGUCUUGCAGAAUGAUACCCAUGAAGACGAAGGCAAGGCUAAUUAA